AUGGGCGACAUUGCUGCGGAUGAGACGACGGCGCUGCUGCAGAACGAUGCCGAGUCGUCGGACUUUGAGCAGCAGUCAUACAGGACCUCAUUAAGGCGACACUCGUCCUCCAACCUCCCUCCAUAUCACGAAGACCCUACGCCUGCGGCCGAGCCCUCGUCGACGCUGACCAUCUGGACAAUUGUUCCUGUCUCCCUGCUUGGUGUUUUCGUCGCCAACCUCGAUGGCAGCUUGAUCAUCGCGUCAAGCCAACAAAUUGCCUCCGAGUUCAAUGCUCUGUCAAGUGCGUCGUGGCUAGUCACCAGCUUUGUGCUAGCCCUUUGUGCCAGUCAACCCCUGUACGGGAAGUUGAGCGACAUAUUUGGCCGACGAAGUAACCUGAGCGUGUCCUAUAUUUUCUUUGCAGCAGGAUGUUUCCUUUGCGGUAUCGGUCAAGAAUACUGGCAUGUAGUCGCUGGGCGAGCCAUAUCGGGCAUUGGAGGUGCUGGAAUGACGGCGCUGGUGUCUAUCAUCAUUGCCGAUGUGGUUCCCGUGAGAGAAGUCGCAAGCUGGAGGAGCUACGUCAACAUGGCUGCCACGACAGGGCGAGCCGUUGGUGGCCCUCUGGGCGGCUGGCUUUGCGACACGAUCGGUUGGCGAUGGUGCUUCUACGGCCAAGUGCCUCCCACGAUUCUCGGACUCCUCCUCAUCCUGUGGAAGUUGCCAAACAGAACGCGAAAAUCAGCCAAACCUGACGAAGAAGCUUCCUUCAGGCAAAAGCUCGGAAGGGUGGACAUGAUGGGCGCUGUCACCCUGAUCGCUACGAUCAUCAGCUUCCUUCUCGCCCUGGAGUUCUUGAACGGGGAUCUUCCGAUUGCCUACACCGUUGUCCCCACGGUCCUUUUCCUGGCAUUUACGACUCUCUUCUACCUGACCGAGAGCCGAUGGGCCAAAGAACCGAUCCUGCCCAUCGAGCUUCUCACCAGCCGAGCAACCCUGACGGCAUACCUGCUGGCGGGUCUGCAGAUGACAGCCCAAUUCAGCCUCUUCUACUCGGUCCCCAUAUAUUUCCAAAUCAUUUCAGGCUCAAGCGUCGGCGACGCUGGACUCCGUCUUGUCCCAGCCGUCGUGGGCAACGCUACCGCAGGCCUGUUGGCAGGUUACACCAUCUCAAAGACUGGCAAAUACAAGCUCUUUACGCUCCUCGGCAACGCGGGAGGGUGUCUGGGCUAUCUGAUGGUUCUCCUCCGCUGGCGUGGCGCAAUUCACCCGGCCGAAACGCUGUACCUGUUCCUUGGUGGCUUCGCCUCGGGCACGAAUCAGUCGACGACGUUCAUCCACCUUGCAGCGAGUCUGGAACAGAGCAAGAUGGCCAUCGCCGGCACGACCCUGUAUCUGUGCCACAACUUGUUUCUUCUGAUUGGCAUCCAGUUUUCCACCGCACUUCUUCACGCCCGGCUGAGAAUCAGCCUAGAAUCCGGCCUGGAUGGUGUCAAACACAGGUCAAAGGCAUGUUGUAGUACUAUCUUGUUGCUAACGCGAAUUCAUCCCGCCCCAUCCAACACAGACUUCCCUCCCGUUCUUACCCUUGAGUUUUAUUGGGACAACAAAAUAGUUGCCGGGUCUGACUAA